CUCGCAAGAGGCAAAGACUGGACAACUGCAGUCUCCCCUUUCCCUCUCUACAACUACAACCCUCGUCUCGAACUCGAAUCCACAAAUGUCGACCAAAACCCGAGGGCACGAGCACCACACAGCCAUGGCCUCCCAGAAACCCGAAGCCUAGGGGAGUCCCUUUGGCCUAUUGCUCCAGCCGGCCAGGAUCAGCAGGGAGCCAAUUGAAUCAAGAGAAAAGGCCGAGGGUCGCCGGCCAUGGGGGACGGGAAGAGGUACUGUUCCUGCUCCUCUACCCAUGGCUUCUCGGUGCCGCUACCGCUCUUCUCCUUCUUCACCUUGUUCUGCCUCCAUCUGUCCAUCGCCGCCGCCGCCGGCAACCCGCCCCUUCCUCUAAACAACACGCAGGAAUCCAUCAUGAGGGAUCUCUCGCGCUCUGUGGGCUCAGCCGGGUGGAACACAACCGUCUCCAAUCCAUGCCUAUGGAGGGGAAUCGGUUGCUCCCCUUCUAACUCCAGUUCCUUCUUGGUGGUGACCAAAGUCGAUUUAUCUGGCUACUCCAUAUCCAACUCCACGCUCUUUGCCUCCUUAUGCUCUCUCGACACCUUACACUCCCUCGAUCUCUCCAAUAACUAUUUCGCCAAUUUGACGGGCCAUUUCUCUCCUUGCCCCAUGACUGCCGGGUUGCGGGUGCUAAAUUUCAGCAGCAACCGUCUGUCGGGACGACUAGGCCAUCUCUCCGGUUUCUCUCGACUCGAGGUUCUUGAUCUCUCCUUCAAUUCCUUCCUUGGUACUGUGACCACCCAAUUGAGUGUUAUGCCUAGGUUGAGGAGCCUGAACCUCAGCUCCAAUUAUUUGGUGGGUGCUGUCCCUCUAAGAAUGGCUAGCUCUAUGGAGGAGUUGGUGUUGUCUCGUAAUAGUUUCAGUGAUUCAAUUCCAAGCAGUCUGUUCAGUUAUUCAGACCUCACCCUGUUGGAUCUUAGUCAGAACAGUUUCACUGGUGAUGUCGUUGAUGAGUUCCGGAAGCUGCCCAAGCUCAGGACCUUAAUCCUUUCUGGUAAUAACCUGACUGGAGCAAUACCGGCGAGCUUGUCGAAUGUCAUGACGCUCACUCGGUUUGCGGCUAAUCAGAACAAUUUUACUGGUUCUGUCCCUAGUGGUAUUACAAAGCAUGUGAAGAUGUUGGAUUUGAGUUAUAAUGGUCUGAGUGGGGAGAUCCCCUCUGAUCUCCUCGGCCCCGCGGGAUUGGAGACUGUUGAUCUCUCCAGCAAUUACCUCCAAGGACCAAUUCCUAGGAACUUAUCUUCACACCUCUACCGCUUGAGGCUUGGUGAUAACAAGCUCAAUGGGACCAUCCCGGACACCAUAGGUGAUGCCUUGGCCCUGGCUUAUCUUGAGUUGGACAACAAUCACUUGAUGGGAAAUAUCUCUUCACAGCUUGGAAGAUGCAGGAACUUGUCCUUGUUGAAUCUGGCAUCGAACCAUUUUCAGGGUCAAGUGCCUGAUGCAAUCAGUAACCUUGACAAGCUGGUAGUUCUGAAGCUUCAAAUGAACAAUCUCAGGGGAUCUAUCCCAAGUACAUUUUCUGAUUUAACAAACCUGAACACUUUGAAUCUUAGUCUGAAUUCAUUCACGGGAGAGAUACCAAUGGGAAUUUUCAACCUUCCAAAGCUUUCCAACUUGAAUUUUCAAGGGAACAAGAUCAGCGGUGCCAUUCCAGUGUCAGUCAGUUCAUUGCAGUCUCUAAUUGAGCUCAAUCUGGCAGAUAAUUCCCUCACUGGUACCAUCCCAACAAUGCCGACCAGUUUGAGCGCAGUUCUCAAUCUUAGUCACAAUCAUCUCAGUGGAUCUAUUCCUUCAAAUGUCGGUGUUUUAAAAGAUUUAGAGAUCCUUGACCUUUCAUACAACAACUUGUCUGGUCCAGUGCCAUCCUCACUUGAGGGUCUACAGAGCUUGACAAAGUUGGUGCUAUCUUAUAAUCACCUCUCUGGGUCCCUUCCUGCAUUCCGUUCAAGUGUGACUGUUGAUAGCACUGGAAAUCCUGAUCUUACAAAUGGCAAGGAAAGCAGUAAUGACUCUCCUACUAGUAGGAAGACAAGGACACAUACUGUUGUCAUUAUUGUUGCUAUUGUCAGUUCUCUUGUUGGACUGUGCUUGCUGGCUGCUAUUGUUAUGUUCGCAUUGUCCAAGAGAAUUUAUCGUGUGGAAGACGAAGGACCAUCAACUGAAGUGGGUGUGUGUCAAGUCAUUGACGGCCACUUCAUAACAAUGAGCAGUGUGCACACAUCUGGAAUUGAUUUUAGGUAUGCAGUGAAAGCAGUCUCCAAUCCCAACAACAUAUUCCUGAAGACAAGGUUCUGCACCUACUACAAGGCCAUGAUGCCAAAUGGAUCAAUCUACUCUGUGAAGAAGCUUGAUUGGAGUGACAAGAUAUUCCACGUUGGUAGCCAAGAGAAAUUUGGCCAUGAGCUUGAGGUACUUGGCAAGCUAAGCAAUUCCAGUGUCAUGGUGCCAUUGGCCUAUGUCUUGACAGAAGACAAUGCGUACCUCCUCUAUGAGCAUGUGUACAAGAGCACGGUGUUCGACUUACUACAUGAUGGAAGGUCACAUGUUCUGGACUGGACAUCACGGUAUAGCAUUGCUUUGGGGGUGGCCCAAGGGUUGACCUUUCUUCAUGGGCGCACUCAGCCGGUUCUGCUUCUUGAUCUGUCGACGAGGACUAUCCACUUGAAGUCAACAAACGAGCCUCAGAUAGGAGAUAUUGAGCUUUACAAAAUUAUCGAUCCUUCUAAAAGUAGCGGGAGCCUUUCAACCAUUGCUGGCACAGUCGGCUAUAUUCCACCAGAGUAUGCAUACACCAUGAGGUUGACGAUGGCUGGCAACGUGUAUAGCUUUGGAGUCAUUUUACUGGAGCUCUUGACAGGGAAACCAUCUGUCAGUGAUGGCAUGGAGCUAGCCAAGUGGGCUCUCAGUCUUUCAGCUAGGCCUGAGCAAAGGGAGCAGGUCCUUGACACCAGGGUCUCAAGGACUUCAGUUGGUGUUCACAGUCAGAUGCUGUCAGUCCUCAAUAUUGCGCUCUCCUGUGUUACUUUCUCUCCCGAUGCUCGGCCGAAGAUGCGCAACGUCUUAAGGUUGCUCGCCAACGCAAAGUGAAUGUGAAUCAAAAGAAAGCAGUCGGUUUUGGUAGGUUAGAUAAGUUCUGGAUGGAAUCUGACAUUUUCUUAGUUUGUGGAUGUCAGUAUACAGGUGAUCAUUGUAUAGUGACAUAGUCUAUGGUAGGUUAUGAGUUGGUGACGAGUUUGAAUUGUUAAGUGUAUAUUUUUUGGACUGAACGAUCUGUGAUCUUUAAACACCACAGUGAUGGUUAUUAGCA